CUAUUGGAACCACUUCCUACGAUUGACCCAAAAUCAGGUCUCAUCGACGUUCGAUAUCGCUGGCCUAACAACGAACUUAUUUACGAAUUCGACGCAGGUUUCGUUGAGGCAUCUAGAACAAGAUUCAUGAGCGGUUUAAAUCAUAUUGUCGGUCGAACAUGUAUGCGUUUCAAGACAAGGACAACAGAAACGGACUAUGUUCGAGUUUUCCAAGGUAGUGGGUGCUACUCGUACGUUGGAAGAAUUGGUGGCAGACAAGACUUAUCGCUUGGAAACGGUUGCGUAUUUAUGGGAACAAUUGUCCAUGAAGUCAUUCAUGCAAUUGGUUUCUAUCAUGAACAAUCCCGAAGUGACAGAGAUAACUAUGUCAUUAUAAAUUGGGAAAAUAUUGCAGAAGGCCAACAACAUAAUUUUGACAAAUUUGAAGACACAAUGGUGUCACCUUUUAAUGUGCCUUAUGAUUAUAGCAGUGUCAUGCAUUAUAGCAGAACCGCCUUUUCUAAGAACGGGCUCGAUACUAUCACAGUAAAAUCGGGUGCAGAAAUUGGUCAUAGAUCAGCAAUGAGCAAUUUAGACUGGACUAAAGUAAACAAUAUGUACUGUCCAAAUACAUUGGGCAUUCGUAUCAUAAAUGCUGGAGAUAAUUUAUAUUUGCAAGGUGCUGGCCCAUCCAGCGAAGGAGUAGCAGUUAUAGCAUCCUCAUUUCAAAAGGAAGAUCACCAAUUGUGGACUGUACAUUAUGGGCGGUUACACACUCAAACUGGUAGUACAAUAGUACCAUGGAGUCAGGAUGGAGGUUCAGUGAAAUAUAUGGUCGAAAAUAGUUCGUCUAAUGUUCUAAUUGCGAGUAACACUACACAAAGCAGGGAGAUGUGGAUGGUUAGGCCUGUCAAUCCGCCAGCGCCAAAUCCUCAUCAGAUUGUAAAUGUAGCCUCAGGGUUAUGUCUCUACAGUCGCGGAUCGUUGCAAGCUAGAACGGGAAACUGUAACGUAAAUGACAUCAGUCAGAUAUGGAAUAUUUACCAGGCGUAGUUCAAUGGCGUUUUUAACUACAACUGGAAGUAGGACUAUAGAUGAACUUUAGGAAUUUUGGAACAAAAGUUAGAUUUACAGCUAAUAAAUGAUUGAUAU